AGUGGGUCCGCGUCAUCGGCGACUUCCAUGACGCCCUCUUUCCGGCAUUUCCGGUAUGCUCUCGGGUUCUCUCGGGUUCGGAUCUAUGGCGCUACCCGGGAAAAGCGAUCGGUGGCUGUCCGUGUCCCGUACCAUCUUAUUCGGCCUGUUUUACUUCGGAGCCCUGAUUCUCGAUAACGGCAAUGGAGUGGCAAAUGCUCGUUGGGACCGCUGCCAGAUGCCGCAGACCCUGCACGGGGAGUGGUACUCCAAGGAGUACGGCGACGACACGUACACGGUCAUCGACACCCACGGGAUGUCUAACCGGGGCAGCUGCCUCUUCUUGACCAUCAGCACCAACGACAACUUCACCAUCAUCUUCGACAAGGGCUCCUGCUUUUACUGCGUGCGCAUUUUCGUGCGAACCUUGAACGUGUUGCAGAAAGUGGAAACUGGCUGCGUGAAUCUGCAAGAUGGUGAAACACCGAGCCUCAAGACGGUGUGCCGCACCCUGGACCCGAACCAAGAGCUCAUCACCCUCUUCGCCACCAACCCGGUGUCCAAGAACUGCCGCUCCAGCCUGGAAGGGGUGUGGAAGUUUGCUUACCGCAACCUCUACAAGUUCACCGGGGAGUGCAAGCACCCGGACGCCAACAUCACGGCCUGCCAGCUGGCGGGGUCCCAGUUCUUCAACGUCAACCAACGCUUCACCAUCAACUACAAGCAGUGUGAGGGCAUGGCAGAGACCGAGGAAGGAGAGGUCCAGUACAACUGCCUGGGAGACUGGUUCAUCGGCAAGGACCACUUUUUCGCCGUCAUGAACAGCCGGGAGAGCAGAAUUGACGAAAAGUACAGAUGCUUUUUGGCGAACCGGGACGACGACAUCUUCCUCGGGGUGUCCAUCACCCCCGAGUGCUCUUCGCUCAAGACGCCCCAGGAAUCCCCGGAGCGAUAUCGUCUCGAACAGGUGAAGACGGAGGUGGUGGCCCCCAGCUGCACGCUGCCAGACAACUUCACGGGCAGCUGGGUGAACACGGCCAACUUCGACGCCCUGGUGGUGAUCAACAAGACCCACAUGGUGGAGCGCUGGAAGCCCGACACGGGCCGCUUCAAGGAGCAGAUCUACGUGUGCGUGGAGACCCGGGAGAACCGCUACCUCAUGGCCCGCCACGGCAUCCACGGCUGCCAGAGGGAUUACGUCUGCUUUGACUUCGUGCCACGGCAUCAAAGCGUCAUUCGCUACCGAAAAGGGAAAGAGAUGAUCACGGAUGUGUUCUCAUCAGUUUGCUCGUGGACCAUGUUCCAGGACUCGAAAAAGUGGCGCUACGACAUCCUCAUUGCGACGGACCCCGUGAACAUUAAGUGCCCCGUGGCUGGAAAAUUCCGCUUCGAGCAGCGGGGGGACAUUCCCUUUGAGACACGGAUCCGCGGCGGAGUGACCCAAAUUCCGCGGCCCAACGUCUACUGCCGGGAGAACAUCUCUGACUUCUCCGUCUGCGACGCGGACCAGAAGAUCAUCCACAUUGACGCCGACUACUGUAUUUCCGUCGACUAUUUUGGGAGGCCAGUGGACAUCUACAGCGAACCUGACUACGAGCUCAAGUGCAUUGCUUUCUGGAAGGAGAAUCUGAGGUCUUACCUGAUCACCUACAACAAGGAGGACGCCUACAGCAAGUACCGCUGUUGGGUGUACCAGCGUGCUGACCUGAACCGGGUGCUCAUGUCUCAGUCGGUGGGGGCCUUCUGCAAUGUGCGGCAGGACGUCACCUCCUCCAACUACUCGGAGGGGGCCGAGGUGGCCCUGGACAUGAUCGAGUACGAGCGCGAACACGACGACUGCCCCAUGUACUUCGACGACGGCUCGAAUCCAUACCAGCUGAUCACGGAACAAGCUGCCCUCCUCACCGGAGACGCCCAAGCCGUGUUUUCGAGCAGCGCCCUCUUAUGGACGUUGGUCGCGUGCUGGCUCCUUCGCCAUAUCGUGCCUCAAGCCUAGGAUAAUAAGUUUGGUCUAGCAUGAUGCCCUGACUCACGGGUACAGGGUACAGGGUGUCACCGAAAAAAUUGCAUUCCUGUUUUUAUCAUCGCAAAAAUAAUGUGUGCAUUGCCGAAUGCCCGGUCUUCACCUGUAUGUAGCACUAGUGGUGGGAGCAGAUGCCAAAAUUGCAGAACUAACUGUCGUCUUAUACGAAAGUUACAAGUGAUUUUCUGAAACUUUGUAAUGGGAACAUGGCUCCCAUUCUCGGUAGUUUGUGCCAUUUUCCCAUUAAAAAUUUCGAAAAAUCACUUAUAAUUUUUUAAUAAAAUGAUGGUUUGUUUUGAAACCUGCGCAUCUGGUUUGAACCACUAGCACCACAUUUGGCAAAGGCCGAGAACUUGACGAUGCAUAGUUGAUUUUUGUGAAUAAGAACACACUGCACAUUUUUUGGGGGGACAACCUGCACAUGCUUGGGAGCUUAGUUUGUGCCCAAAAAUAUGCCUAUCGGCCACAUGGGUGGCAGGCCUUUGUACGAUCCGGUUGUGCCUCUGUAGUUUGGCACGCUGUGUUUUUGACCUGUCAUUUGCUCAUGCAGGGUCUGGUGGGUCCCACGUUGUGUCGGGAAGCGCACUGGGCCGAGUGACAUAGCGUAUGGGUGCUCUUCGGAGUGGCCGAAACUGGCUUAUUAGUGGCGAACUUCAAACAUCAUGCGGAAGAUUGACGGGCGUAGAAAGGAUUGGAAGUCGGUGCCGGUUGUAAGGCUGCGGCGGAUUGACCGGAAAGCUUCAGAAGCUUGGCAGGUUCUGUCCACACGCGUUGUAGUUGACGCCUCGGACGAGGAUGGUCGAGAUUGUGAAGCAGCCAAUCGGAAGCCCUAGUGGCCAAACCUGUAAUUAGCGUGUGAAAGAUAGCCUAAACCAGGAAAGCAUGGCUGCGGAGAUACUUGGUGCGAGGUUUUUUUAGCUGUGGCAUGGUCCCUCGAUUGACACUUAGCAAUUAUGGCUAACACUGCCCCACAUGUGCAUCUGUUCGUUCCUGAAUGAUUCGGUAGUGUGGGAGCCUUAGCUGCACUUAGUAGUGGAAAAUUAAUUGUUAUAGUUUUAUAUGAGAGGAUAUUGAAGUAUGUGCUUAACCUCGGAUAGGUGGUGUUGUGCCCGCAAUGUUCCCGUGCAAUGCCUUGCACAUCCGUCCCCGUUUUUCUAGGUGCCAAGCACCGGAAUAUUUGUUUUACGAGUGGUAUAAGCAGAAAGUAUUGACUUGGAGGUCAGCAUCUCAUGCACAUUGCCUUAUCUCGUGCCUACCGUAAAAUACUGAGCGUCCACCCAUUUUACAAUAAGCACCCACACCUCAACAAACGGAGAUAUGUAAAGACGUGUUCUUUGUGUAUUUUCCAACCUGAUUAUCUCCAAAUUUUGAACGGGUUGCUUGCCCGGUAUUUUACUGUAGGUCCUGAACCGUAAGGGCUCAAUUUUCCUCAAAAGUGCAUAAGCAUAGCCAUGGCAUGUAUGACGGAUCAAGAUCUUUCCAAAUAGUUUUGAAACCUUCGUCGAGUUUAAACUGCAAGUUUAUUUUUGAUACAAUGCUUUGCCAGAGAAGGCAGUUUUGCGGAGGAACACUGUAUCUACGAGAAAAAUCUUUAAAGUGGCACUGACUUCCCAAAAGAAACAUUUUUCAUUGAGAGCCUGGAUUCAAUUUUUUUCAAGGGGUUAGCUAGGACAUGUACGUCACAAAUUGAACUUCUUUUGGAAAACAAAGAAAAACAGAGACUUAUUUUGAACAGAAAGUCAGGGUGCAGUAGAACUGGUGGAGAUUAGAAGACAAAACUCAACCCCGAGACUGCAGGAAGCAAAAACAACGCACACGCUCAAAGUCUAAGAAAUGUUGAGUUUGGAGCUAAUCCUAAACACAUUUUUUUGGGGUCCACCGGCUCAAAAUAGAAGCAGAUUUCAAAAUCACUCUUAACUCAAAUUGUGUUUUGCAACUUAGCUAAUGCAACUAACAUUUUUUUUUUUUUUAUGAAUGUUUGUUUUGUGACGUAUAUGUCCUAUCAAUUCCCUUAAAAAGUGUUUUGGGGGAGUUAGUACCCUUUUAAGCAUUGUGUAUGGUGUAUUCAAAGGGACUAUUUUAUGCUUUCACUCUCUUUGGCAGAUGUGUGCAAAGGACCAGUUUUUAUGCAUGCACAAUUUGUUGAAAGCAGUGGCAGUUUUAGUUUGUACUGUAAAAACAAUGGAGACAAGAAAACCCUUGUCUUCAGAGUUUCUUGUUGUGUUUAAAGUGUGAUACCUUACCACUUUGCCUGAAUGUUGUUAGCCCAUAUGUUUACACCUUUCUUUUUUUUUUUUUUUACAGUUUCACCUUACAUUGUACAUUUCUACUGCCAAUUAACUUCAAAACGAGAUUAAUAUGGUCAAGCGUAGCAAAAAUUGUGAUGCCUAUAUACUGCAACAUUGUUAGGUCUUUGGCCAGAAUUUUUUUAUCAAACCACGUAAGCUAUGGCAGCUUACUUUCCUCAUGCCUUUUGCAUUGUCACUUUUGCAUCACAUUUUUUUUUUUAACUUUGUAAGGUGUAUUGAUGUAGAUGGGUAAUAUUUGUAUGAGUGCAUGACUUGAGACCAUAAUGCUGUUUUUUUAUUUUAUUUUAAUAAGGUGCCACGAGUCAUCUUGCAUAAUGAUUGACAGUGUGCUCAUUUUAUGUAAUAGCAAUAAUGCACUAUAUUGCACAGAAAAAAACAAAAAAAGAACAAUCCAGUACAGGCUUGUAAAACCAUGGAGAUGUUUGUGCACUGAACCUGACAACCAGCAAAGAUAACUGCAGUUAUACAAUUUACAAAAAAAGGCAAGAAAAAGCAUGCAGAACUAGAAAAUACAAAAACACAUUAGACCUUGGACUGCCUGUAAAACAAAUGAAAAAAAUCAUAGUUUGUACACUGCAACGUAAGCUCUUUUUUGGCAGCUCUGUGCAUCUGCUGUUGUACAAGUUCAGCUGGCUAUAUAUUAUAAUAUUAAGAUACAUAGAAAAGAUCAUACUCUGUCUUCAUAAUUUGUAAAAAAACUUUUGGUAGAAUUAACAUUUCUGUUCUUCUAGCCACCAGUAUUUAUGGCUUUCGAAGCCCAACGUGUAAUGAAGGACAUUAAGAUAAUGAAACUAGCUAAAGUCAUCUAGCUCAUUUUCAAACACUUACGUAAGUGAGGUUUGUUAAAUUCUCAAGGUAUAAUAUUGCCACAAAUGGCAACCAUUUUGAUAACUUAAAAAUUGCCACAAGUGAUUGAUACACCUCUGUUCAAUUUUCUGUAUUACUAUAAUUCACUUCAGUGUAGAGAUUUGUUUUUUAGUGCUCUUGCAUUUUUUCUUGGGGAAUUUAUUUGUCUCAACGUUUUCAUUGCCACACUGGGUAUAUGCCAUGCUUGUGGGUAUAUCAUUGCCACGAACCCUAACACAAUUUACUUCAAGCGGGUUUGCAUGUUCAAAGUUUCAAGGAUUUUAGCCGUUUCUAACUCCAAUGUUGUGAAACUAUGAUGGAGCAGGUCUCAUGCUGUCAGCAGAACAACAUUGUUUUUAUGUCCAGGUGCAUUUUUGCAUAGAUUUUGAGGAAUAUCAUUGUAGUUUGUCCAGGAAAUCUUGAGCAUUUCUAUUUGUUUUCUGAUUGUAUUUUGGCAGUGCUGCCUUCUACCUCUAGAGAAUCUCAAAGCUGAACUGUGCAUAACUUGGGAAUUUAUUCUGUUUACAUUCCACUGCUUAAGGCAUUCCAACAGUUCUAUUCAAGGGUUGAUAAAAUAGCAUAGAAGAGUGUGUGGGCUUUCUGGUGUUGCAAAGUUGGUUAAUUGUCGCAACAUUGGGUCGGGUUCUUCGGUAGAAUUUUAUAACACGUGGUCACGUAAUCGACCACACAAAAUAACCAUAGUAUGUGUUAGUUGAACCACCGUGUGACUUAAGUAAUGCGACAGAGUGUGCAAAAAGAUGCAAGUCCCAUGAACAUGUUUUGCAGAGACAUUCCAGUUUAAUCCGGUGACCACUUUGCGGGGCGCCAGCAGCUUGGGGAGUUUUCCGUCCAAUUCUCCGCAGGAUUGCCAGGUUGUUGGUGCUACGUUUGUUGAGUCCAUUUUGUAUAUGGUAUACCACAAUUACUGCAUGUCCAGGCAUAUGUUAGCAUACCUUUAGUGCACAUACAAUCGCUUUUUAAUCGCUUGGAUAAUGCAAGUGUUGACCUCGUUGAGCGACUUCACUAUUGUCAGGAAGCGGAAGAGCUUGUUGCCACUUUGUAAAUUGAAUGUAUGUUUUGUUCCUGACCGUUUUUUCUUGCUAGUUUUUUUUUAUGUAUUUUGUUUGUGCAUCAAAGUGAAGACUUGCUGGUUGUCUUUGGGCAUGCAAAAUGAAACAUUAGUCUUAUUAUGUAGUUUCGGGUUUAGCAUUCUUGGAGAUUAUACUCGCUGUUGGUUCUUUAAUCGGAAUGUUUACGGCAUGUGUGCUUUGUGAAUGUGUACGUGAUUUCAGAAUUGGUGACAUUGGAUGGCAGAUGUAAAAAACGCUAAUUCUGUGCAUCAGUUCUUAUCAUAGAGAUCCUGUGAUGCCACCUGUUCUAAUUAAAUUGGGAAUUUCGAUCAAGUUGCAGGGCUGUGUACGGAACUCAGCUAGGCAUUAGGCGGGAGUUAUUUCUGUUGUGUCCUGUGCAUCAGGGUGAACGUUAAUGAAAACUGUGUACUCUACUGCCAUGCUUCAUACCUUUCCAUUCAUCCGUCCAACAGCAUUUUUUUUAAGGGGUUUAUUUUUUAAUUGUUUGUUCAGCUGUAUUUUCCUGAGAAGAGUGAAUCUCAUGACCUAUUUUAUAUAUCAAUAAAAACAAAAACAUUUGUACUUUUCA